AUGUUCUACAUUGCGGCUCUGUUUGCAGUUGCUGUAGCAGAAAAUGUCACUUUGCCAGUUUCUCCUCUAUACAAUCCUCAUCUAUUCGAGGGUGAUAUUCUGAAGGAAGAAGAAGUUGAUACAGGAAGAACUGCAAUAUCAACUCACCAAUCAACAUGGCCUGGUGGAAGAGUACCCUAUCUCAUUGACAGAUCUUUAGCUUCUGUGGCAGGCAAAAUUCGAUUGGCAAUGUAUGACAUUGUUCAAAAGACCGGUGGUUGUAUUAAAUUCACUCAAAGAACUUAUGAACAGAACUAUAUAAAAUUCCAUAAGGGAGUCGGAUGCAAUUCCUACGUUGGACGUGUUGGAGGUGGUCAGUUGGUAUCAAUUGGAGAGAAUUGUGAUCAUUUAGGAAUCAUUGUCCACGAAAUUAAUCACGCUCUUGGUUUCUUCCACGAGCACACUCGACCCGACAGAGAUAAUCACCUAACAAUUUUUUGGAACAAUAUACAGAAUGGAAUGGCGACACAAUUUCAAAAACUUCACCCUACUCAAACGAAAUUAUUAAAUUCUUUUGAUGUGAAUUCAGUCAUGUUGUAUGGUGAUACAGCAUUCUCGAAGGAUGGUAUAUCGAAGACCAUGACAGCCAAAUCAGGAAAGAAACUACGAGAAGUUCAUGAAAAAACUGGUUUGUCUGUUAGCGAUGUUUAUCGUAUAAAGAAAUUAUACAAAUGUUAAGAAAUCUCAAUCAAAUUAAAUACAAAAAUAUGUAAUUAAAUUCAAA